GUGACACCGGGGGAGAACCAUGUGGAGGGUGUUGCGUUGACUUCGGUGUUGAGAUUUUGAUACUGCUACUGAAUGCAUUUUUUUCCGAAAUAAUGAACGUAGUUCUUCUUGCUAGUUUAAAUAUAGUGUAGAGGAUCAUUAUUGUGCGUGUGUUGACUAAAUUCACCAACUUUGUUUCGAGGUGAAUAAUGGGCAAAUCAAAGACCAAGAACCAGAAGAAAUCCCGAGCAGUAGCCAACCAUGUGGCCGAAGAGACUUACGCAGCCGUGCCCCACUCCUUCGUGUUUCAGCGGGGUCAGGUUGGGAAAAACGUGGGUCAGCUCAUCCUGGACGUGCGGAGAGUCAUGGAGCCAUUCACCGCAGAGUCACUGAAGGUUCGGAAAAAGAAUGUGCUAAAAGAUUUUGUGGCCAUCGCAGGACCGCUGGGAGUGACACACUUCAUGAUCUUCAGCAAAACACCCAGCAGUAUCAACAUGAGGCUUGCUCGACUUCCCAAAGGUCCCAUGCUUCACUUCAGAGUCCUCAAGUAUUCUCUUGUCAAAGAUGUGGUUUCAUCUCUGAAGAAGCACAGGAUGCAUGAGCAGCAGUUCACCCAUCACCCGCUGCUCAUCCUCAACAACUUUGGAGUAGAUGGCAUGCAUGUCAAACUCAUGGCCACCAUGUUUCAAAACAUGUUUCCUUCCAUAAAUGUGCAUUCGAUAAGCCUCAACAACAUCAAGAGGUGUGUGCUGUUAAAUUACAACCCAGCGACCCAGGAAAUCGAGUUUCGACAUUACAGCCUGAAGGUGGUCCCUGUGGGAAUGAGCCGCGGCGUCAAGAAGCUGAUGCAGGAGAAGUUCCCCAACAUGAGCAAGUUUGAGGAUAUCAGUGAGCUUCUGAUGAAAGGGGCAAACCUUUCAGAAAGUGAACCUGAGCAAGACGGGGAGCACAACAUAACUGAAUUGCCACAGGUUUACUCUGGAAGAGGCAACAUGGCGUCCCAACAGAGCGCUGUCCGUUUGACUGAAAUUGGUCCGCGCAUGACUUUGCAGCUGACGAAGAUUCAAGAAGGGAUGGGCGAUGGGAAUAUUCUUUAUCACUCUACAAUCUCCAAGACAGAGGAAGAAAUCCAGGAGAUCUUGAAGAGGAAGGAGGCCCAGAUAAAAGAGAAGGAGGCUCGCCGCACGAAGCAGGCGCAGAAUGUUGCUCAAAAGAAGGAGCAACGGGAAGACCACAAGAAAAAGAGCCUGGAAGGCAUUAAGAGGAAACAUGCUGAAGCUGAGGAGGACAGUGAGGUGGAGGAUCCAGGGGUGCAGGAUGAUAAGGCUGCUGUUGAAUCCGAUGAUGAGGUGGAGUACUACAGACAGGCGGUGGGAGAGGAGCCAGAUGAAGACAUGUUCCCUAGUGCCAAGAAGAGACGGUUCUCAGAAAAGUCCCAUGGACCUGCCAAGAAGAGGAAGCUGUCCCCUGGUAAACCCUCAGGAAAAGACAGAGACUCCAAAUCACCAAAGAGAAAAGGACCAGGAGGACAGCACAGAGAUAAAAAAGGAAAAGACCAACAGAGAAAAGGAUGGAAGAAAUCCAGAGAUGGGGAGAAAUCAUUUGGACAGAAAAUGAAACCCACAGGAAAAGCAUUCGGAGUAAAGAGACAUGGGGAUAGAGAAAAUAAGUUUGGUGGGAAAAAGAAAUUUCAUGGGAACAAAAAUAAGGACAAACCAUUCAGAUCUAAAGGUCAGACAGACAAGUCGGGCUUUAAGAGGAAAGGUGCUGGAACAAAGCGAGGCUUCACACAGAGGAAAGGAAAAGGCUGAACUUUUUCGUCUGUCUGGACUUUUGGUGCAGUUUUAUUCUGAAGCAGAAGAUGGCAGCAAAUACACAUGUUCUGAUUGCCACAGCUAGUGAAGUGUUUAGCUAUAAGUGAUGCUGCUUAGCAGAUGGACAAAAAAAGAGCAACAAGCGCAUCUUGGGAAGAGUGGGAGGAAAAACAUGAUGCAGCCAUUCUUUUUAGAAUAAUACCUGGUUGGAGCCAUAUACUGAAAUGUCUUUCCCUUUUUUCCACAUUUAUAUUUGUCAACAAGACCAUAACAAUGCUGUAUGCAGGCACUCCUUUUGAUGUUGGGUUUGUUCUUUGUCAGUUGUAUGCAAACAUGUUCUUGUCGGUUCCAGAUCUCUGAAUUUGAAACUAUACACAAGGAAAAAAUAAAAGUCCUCUUUUUAUGA